UCUUGUAAGCUCUGUGCCCAGUGGGGGACUGAACUCACAACUCUGAGAUCUGGAGUUGUACACUCCACUGACUGAGCCAGCCAGGUGCUCCUGGUUUUGCUUUUGUUUUUGAAGCUGUCUUAGUUCAGGCUUUUUGGUGUUCAUUGGAUUAUUUCAGAUGGCUUCUAUUUUACCUCUUUGCUUCCAAUUACUUUUCACUUUAAUUUUCUACUUAGUGGCAUAGUUAUCUUUCCAAAAUAUAUAUAUCUUUCCAAAAUAUAUAUAAUGGAUUUGGUUCAUUCCAGUCUUAAGAUCCUGAACUUAUUUCCGAGUACCUGAAGAAAAGUCCAUUAUGUGCAACCCCUAUCAAAGUCUAAAGCAUGUGGAAUUGCUCAUUGUUUUGGAUCUUGCCAUUUACUCUCUGUACAGGGUGUGAUAGGUAUACAGCUGGUCGUUACCAUGGUGAUGGCCAGUGUCAUGCAGAAGAUUAUACCUCACUAUUCUCUUGCUCGAUGGCUACUCUGUAAUGGCAGUUUGAGGUGGUAUCAACAUCCUACAGAAGAAGAAUUAAGAAUUCUUGCAGGGAAGCAGCAAAAAGGGAAAAGCAGAAAAGAUAGGAAAUAUAAUGGUCACAUUGAAAGUAAGCCAUUAACCAUUCCAAAGGAUAUUGACCUCCAUCUAGAAACAAAGUCAGUUACAGAAGUGGAUACUUUAGCAUUGCAUUACUUUCCAGAAUACCAGUGGCUGGUGGACUUCACAGUGGCAGCUACACUUGUGUAUCUAGUAACUGAAGUCUACUACAACUUUAUGAAGCCCACACAGGAAAUGAAUAUCAGCUUAGUCUGGUGCCUGCUUGUUUUAUCUUUUGCAAUCAAAGUUCUAUUUUCAUUAACUACACACUAUUUUAAAGUCGAAGAUGGUGGUGAAAGAUCAGUCUGUGUUACUUUUGGAUUUUUUUUCUUUGUGAAAGCAAUGGCAGUCUUGAUUGUAACAGAAAACUAUCUGGAAUUUGGACUUGAAACAGGGUUUACAAAUUUUUCAGAUAGUGCGAUGCAGUUUCUUGAAAAGCAAGGUUUAGAAUCUCAGGGUCCUGUUUCAAAACUUACCUUCAAAUUUUUCCUGGCUAUUUUCUGUUCACUCAUUGGGGCUUUUUUGACAUUUCCUGGAUUACGACUGGCUCAAAUGCAUCUGGAUGCCCUGAAUUUGGCAACAGAAAAAAUUACACAAACAUUACUUCAUAUCAACUUCUUGGCUCCUUUAUUUAUGGUUCUGCUCUGGGUUAAACCAAUCACCAAAGACUACAUUAUGAACCCACCACUGGGUAAAGAAAGUGUCCCUUUAAUGACAGAAGCUACAUUUGAUACUUUGCGACUCUGGCUAAUAAUCCUGCUGUGUGCUUUGCGGUUGGCCAUGAUGCGCAGUCACCUGCAAGCUUACUUAAACUUAGCCCAGAAAUGUGUGGAUCAGAUGAAGAAAGAAGCAGGGCGAAUAAGUACAGUCGAGCUACAGAAAAUGGUGGCUCGAGUCUUCUAUUACCUUUGUGUCAUUGCACUGCAGUACGUGGCCCCUCUGGUAAUGCUGCUUCACACUACUCUGCUUUUGAAAACACUAGGUAAUCAUUCCUGGGGGAUUUAUCCAGAAUCUAUCUCUACCUUGUCAGUGGAUAAUAGUCUACCCUCCAAUUCUGUUUACUCUGAAUUGCCAUCUACUGAUGGGAAGAUGAAGGUAACUGUUACACAAAUAACAGUGGCACUGAGCAGCUUAAAAAACAUUUUCACUCCUCUGCUUUUUCGGGGACUUCUGUCUUUUCUGACCUGGUGGAUUGCUGCUUGUCUCUUUUCUACAAGCCUUUUUGGGCUUUUCUAUCACCAGUAUCUGACUGUGGCAUGAAUCUCCGUUAACAGAAAAGGAUAUCCAAGCCACACUUUGAAUUGAAAUAUCUGUGCCCUUGAAGGGCUAUCGGAAACUAGAAGAAAGCAAAUACAAAGGAAAAAGACAUAUCAGCAUUAUCUUGUUUUAAAUGCUUCCUCUGUAUUCUCAGGGUGAAUCAAUGGUAUAAUAUUUAAAAUUACAGAGUAGAUUAUUAACUACUAUACUGUGGCAUUGGAAUUUUAACUCCUUGUAUUAACUGAUGGUGAGAGGGUUAUCUACAGAGGUAAUACUUAUGAUUACCUUGGUUUACAGAAACCUCCAGCAGUCUUUGAAACUUCUCAUAUGACUCUAGUUCUUGAUCGAUUGCUCUUAAUGGUAUAACGGUACUGUUAAUAUUCAUAGUGGCUGCCUAUAGAACAAUCUUCAAACUGAGCCAUGCUUUGGAGGAGGGAAAGGAGCUAAAGUCACCUCUGUUGGUAAUAUAUUAGUCACUCUUCAAAUAACAACAAUAGCAAAAUCCAACAGAAAGGAAGAAAUAGCUACUGUAUAUUACAGUAAAGAAAGCUGCAUAGUAAUUUUAAAUUUAAUGGAGAUGUACAUGGUUAAUAUCUACAAGUAUUGCUGCUUGAGAGUAGCAAGAGUAUUGUUUUAAAAUGUAUUUUAUCCAACUUGAGGGAUCUUUUAAAAUGAUUGGCUAUAUGAACAUUUGCUGUUAGGCUUGGAACUCCCAUAUUUUAUUUUAUUCUUUGAUCCUAAAUAUAGUCCUUUUAAUAGUCUAAAAAUAUUUAUCAAUAUUGAUCUGACUUUUAAAAAAUUACUUUAAUCCUGCUGACUACCUGUAUGUAUUGUAUAUAUAUUAUAUAUUAAAUAUAUAAUAUAUUGAAAUUAUAAAAGAUGAAAAUAUUGAAUCCUUAAAUAUUUUAAGUUGCUGAAUGUAUAUUAAAUGUGACUGAAUGAGAUGUCUUUGUAUCUAGAAGUUUUCUUUCUUUUUGGAAUGAGAUUAAAAUACAUUUUGAAAUUUCA